GACCCCUAAAGGACGCGUGAAGAACUGCACCUCUAGCCCGCCGCCCGUGACGUCACGCCCUGCAUGGCUCAAUGGGAUCAUAUGCUGUAAAGUCAGUUAUACUGACAAACAAGGAAUUCAAGGACCUUUGAGUAGAUCGAUAGUCUGUUGAGGCAGUUAGGCAGAGAAACUAGUUUUACACUGAAUUAAAGAGUUAAAACACAGUCUAAGUCAGGUCAUCAUGGCAUCUCUGUUUAAAAAGAAGACAGUCGACGAUAUCAUUAAAGAGCAGUCCAAAGAGCUGAGAGGCACCCAGAGACAAAUCACCAGAGACAGAGCUGCCCUGGAGAGACAGGAGAGGCAAAUGGAAAUGGAAAUAAAGAAAAUGGCCAAAACUGGAAACCGAGAAGCCUGCAAGAUACUAGCCAAACAGCUCGUACAGCUUAGAAAACAGAAGAACCGAACCUACGCAGUAAGCUCUAAGGUCACGUCCAUGUCCACGCAGACCAAGGUCAUGAACUCUCAGGUGAAGAUGGCUGGAGCCAUGUCUACCACAGCGAAGACUAUGCAGACUGUCAAUAAAAGAAUGGACCCCAAGAAGACGCUACAGACGAUGCAGGACUUCCAAAAGGAGAACUUCAGGAUGGGGAUGACGGAGGACAUGCUCAACGAUACGCUGGAUGAGAUUUUUGAUGAAUCGGGCGAUGAGGAAGAAUGCCAGGACAUCGUAAACCAGAUGCUGGAUGAGAUCGGCAUAGAGAUCUCAGGAAAGAUGGUAAGAGCCCCGUCAACAGGAAAGAUCCUCCCUGGCGCCUCCCCAGCAAAGUCUAAAGCGGCCACCAUUUCAGACGCUGAGAUCGAGAGACAGCUGAAGGCUCUGGGAAUGGACUAAAUCUCUUCACCCUCCACACCUGGGCACCCACUGCCAACAAAGAAAGACUGAGUUCAUAGUGGGAACGGGGAGUGUCCAAGUAGUAAAUGAAGGGAACAUGUCAAGAAACAUACUCUUGUUGGACAUCGCAAUGAGUAACUGGAUUGGAUUCAUUGGUCAGAUAUAUACAGCUGAUCACGGUCUAGAUGUUUUGACAAAAUGCGCACUUAAACUGACAUACUCUCCAAAUCUGCUGCGCAUAGUGUAGGGUUUAAAGGCCAAGUAUCUAAUUUUGUGUCACUUGUGGCUCCAAAUGGAAUUGCAGUGUUUGUUUUGAGUGGCACAACAUCAUCUCAACCAAUAGUGUGAGCUUGGGGCAGGGCUCUCUGUUUGGGCAGCCAAUGGCAGAUUGAGAGGGGAGGGGUUAAAAAAAUCAAUAGGUGUGUUCAACUCGAAGCUGAUCAAGUCGAACAUACCUAAUGGCUACACUCAAAAUCGUAUACUUCACCAAGUAGUAGGCGGAAAACAGUAUGUGAAUGGAGUAGUAUGUCUGAAGUUUUCAUGAAACGGUAGCCAAAAAGUACUCUGAUGGCCUACUACUUCCUUCGACAAUCACAUCACAAUUUCAUUGACUGAAAUCGCAAACUGUAGGUACUACAUUUGGUUUGAAAAUUAGCGACCGUUAAAAAAGUAUGUUUUACAUAGGAUGAAUACUGUAUGUUUAAUAUGAAUGAAAUUCAAAAAGAACCUAUGGUGUCAGUUGCGUCACUUCACUGCCAUUCAUAAAUUCUCUCGAAUGGCCUCAUGGGAUAGUAAAGUGUCCAUUAAAUACGCACUUGUGGAAGUAGUAGAUUUUUAAGUUACUUUUCACCUAGUGAUUUUUGACUAUCAUGUAUUUGGACAUAGUAGUGACAACAUUGCGAAUUAAGUACAUGGUGAUGUGUUCUUAUUACACAUUCAUACUAUAUAGAAUGUAAUUUUUUUAAUAGUCGCAAAGAGUUUACUUGUUCAAAAGAAGUACCAACUCAGAAAGUAUGCGAUUUCGGGGACAGCCAUUGUUUUUUUUUUAAUCUGUUUGAUGCCACAAAUAUUACACACUGCAAUUUUAACUUAAAGGGUGCUAUUACUGUGGUAGCAAAUUGUCCUUUGAAUCCUUAAAAUGCACACCAACAUUGGAAGAUUUUGGAACUGCAUGGGAUUCCUAUGUGUUACAGGGCUAAUCAUCUGAAAUACGUGUCAUGUUAUUAAAAGAUGCUUGUUGCGUGUUUUUUUAAUGUUUUUUUAGGUUGUGUAUGACUUGAUGACUAUGAUGAAGGAAGUAAGUUAAGGAAUACAGUUUCCUUCGCUGUGAGGUUUGGUAUAAAAUCCGUAUUUCUUAUACUUACAUGCAAACAUAUCAUGCACGAGAAUAUUUGUUGAUAUGAUAAUGAUAAUGUGAUUUAAUCUUAUCAACCUUGAAACUAUUCAACCUUUAAGAGCAAUUAACUGUUGAGUGGUGAUUUGGGAAGGUAAAACAAAUUGUAGUCAUUUAGUCUAUGAUGCUCAAUUUUCUCUGUAACAAUUUAAAAAGUCUACAAUAAUGCCUAGUGUUUUGAAGUCUGUUCAUAUUUUAAAAGUCGUAUAGUGUAUUCCAGCCUUUAGGAGAACUUUAUUGUAUCUGUUUUUCUUUUCGACUUCAUCUGUAUGUACUUCUCAGCACGGUUUAAAAAGGUUCUUUUAUUUUAACCAACACUGUGUGUAUAUAUGAAUGUACAGUUUAUGCUUUAAUUUGAUUUUCUAAUUAAUAAAGUACCUUCAUAUUUGU